UGUGUUGCUGAGAAGGGCAGCUGCCUGUUUCAUCUCCUGAGGUCUCCAGGAGGGAAUGGUGGGAGCUGAGGAGCCGGUGGCAUAGCCCAGGCCAGGGGGAUUUCGCUUCGUGGGUCAUGACUAACAAUCUGGACAUCUUUGUGGGGAACACCACCCUGAUUGAUGAAGAAGUCUAUCAGCUCUGGCUGGAUGGGUACUCGGUGAAUGAUGCUGUGACGCUCCGCCUGCGCAGUGGAAUCCUGGAGCAAACGGGGGCUACAGUGGACGUGCUCCAGAGUGACACCAUGGAUCACUACCGUACCUUCUACAUGCUGGAGCGCCUCCUCCAUUCGCCCCCCAAGCUGCUGAACCAGCUGCUCUUCCAGAUACCCCCUUAUCGCCAGACCAUGUUGAUUGAAAGGUAUUAUGCCUUUGAUGAGGCUUUUGUGCGGGAAGUGCUGGGCAAGAAACUUUCCAAAGGCACCAAGAAAGACCUGGACGACAUCAGCGUUAAGACAGGAGUGACACUGAAGAGUUGCCGUCGACAGUUUGACAAUUUCAAGCGGGUCUUCAAGGCAGUCGAAGAGCUCCGAGGGUCUCUGGUAGAAAAUAUUCAACAGCACUUCCUGCUUUCUGACCGGCUAGCCAGGGAUUAUGCAGCCAUCGUCUUCUUUGCCAACAGUCGCUUUGAGACGGGGAAAAAGAAGCUGCAAUACUUAACGUUCGAAGAUUUCGCCUACUGUGCUGAGCAGAUGAUUCAGAACUGGACCCUGGGAGCGGUGGAUACCAACGUGGAUGACAUGGAUGUCGACCUUGACAAGGAAUUCUUGCAGGGGCUGAAGGAGUUAAAAAUUCUGAUUACAGACAAAGACUUGUUGGAUCUGCACAAAAGCCUCGUGUGCACCUCCUUGAGGGGGAAGAUUUCUGUGUUCAACGAGAUGGAAGCCAAUUUCAAGAAUCUCUCCCGGGCGUUGAUCAACAUUGCUUCGAAGCUUACCCACAGCAAAGAUGUACGGGACUUUUUUGUCGAUCUGGUGGAGAAGUUUGUGGAGCCAUUUCGGUCAGAUAAGUGGAGUCUGAAUGAUGUGCGCCUCUUCCUGACGCAGUACACGGUUUGUGCUCACACGCUGGAUGCUUUCAGGCACCAAGCUCUCUGGGAGAGAUACAUGGGCACGCUCAAAGCCUGCCUUCUGAAGAUGUACCAUGACUGACUGGCUGUGGAUGGUUUUUGUUUGCAUUUCCCCCUCAGGGAAAAGAUGAGUUCUUGGCCAAAGAGCAUACAAGCUCAGCUGGAAUGGGUCCCUUUCCUGGCCGCGUCUCUCAGCCCCCACCCA